AUGCGCAAUAUACACCUUAUCUUGUUCAUCGUAUCUGCAAUUGGUAUUUUUUUAGUGAAUGCAAACAAUGCUGAAAAAUUCCCGUUACCUCAAACUAAUAACUUGGAAUGUGAAAUAUGUAUAGGUUUGGUGAAUCUAGGAAAGGUGUUUCUCUUGUCGCCUUCAGUGGACCAUCUAGGGGAACUGGUUGUUGGAAGAUUAUGUACGUUGCCUGGAAUAGUAACUAAAAGGUGUAUUCCAUGGGGGAGAAACAAAUAUGUUACUAUACUUCACUUUGUUGAAGAAAAAACUAUUCAUAAAAGUAAGAGGGAUUACAAAUAUACCUGGAUCAAUACUAAUCCCGUUACAUAUGAUGUAUUUUCACUCCCCAAACAUCUAAUAAAAUAA